AUGAGUUCGCCCCCUUCGUCGUCGCUGCCUCCACCGUCGCCCGUGACGCUCGAUCCUGUAAAAGAAGUGCCUCGUGCCCUUCAAAUCGUCAGUAUAAAUGAGGAAGGUACAAAUUUUACAUUAGACGAAAAAGCGCUCCGUGAUAUCUUUCACCAGGUCCCAGAAGAUAUGAAAGUCGCUAUUUUUUCCGUCGUGGGCGCUUUUCGCACUGGUAAAAGCUUCAUUCUUGACUUAUUCUUACGCUAUUUGCGACAUGCAAGUUGUGGUCCGAUGCUGAAACCUGAUGGAGCGCAGGAUGAGAGUACGGAAGUAUGGAAAGCCUGGGUUAUGGAAGGUGUAACGGGUAGUGGAGAAGUAAAGCUUGAAGGCAAUUCAAAUGUGGAACAGACCCAUGGAGAGAAGGGGUUUUCAUGGAGAGCAGGAAGGAAACGUAAUACAACGGGUAUUUGGAUGUGGGAGACGCCUUUUAUUCGCAAAUGCCACACGGGUGAAGAUAUUGCAGUGUUUCUCAUUGAUACACAAGGCAUGUUUGAUUCAGAAACAUCUCAGAUGCUUACAGCUAGUAUCUUUGGACUCAGUACAUUAUUGAGUUCGUAUCAGAUUUAUAAUGUGGACAAGAGAGUGCAGGAAGAUAAUUUACAACAUCUUGCGCUGUUUACGGAAUAUGGACGAAUGGCAUUAUUUCGAGAUGAUUCGUCGUCGUCGUCUUUGACAGACAAGCAGCAGAACUUGCAGCAUGCAGCGUCGACGGCUUCGACGGUGACGUCGGAGGCUUUGCAUGAUUUGGACAAGACGACGUCUUCAGUGAGUGAGAAAAGCGACGUGGAAGAGAAGGAGGAGAACGAGGACAAGGCUAAGGAGGAGGAGGACGACGACCACGUGCCCAAGUACCCCUGCCCGUUCCACCGUCUUGACUUCUUGGUGCGUGACUGGCAGGAUUAUUCGCGGAACCAGACAUUGGCUGAAAAACGUGAGGACAUGAAGCAGUAUAUGGUGGAGCUAUUGUCGUCUCGCAAGCAAAAGGAUCUGGCAGACACGCGCGAACAGAUCAGCUCGUGUUUUGAGAAGGUGGCGUGCUUCUUGUUGCCCCACCCCGGUCACGCGGUUACGGAGCGUGAGUAUGAUGGAUCGGUGGAGGCUAUUGACAAUCGGUUCUUAGAGCUUCUGACGGCUUACCUUGAUGACCUCUUCACCCCUGCGAACUUGUACCCGAAGAAAAUUCAUGGAGUAACGGUAAACUCACGCGAGCUGUUCACGUACAUUAAGACGUACGCGGGACUCUUUCGUGAAGCGUCUAUCUUUCCAGAGGCCAAAACGCUGCUGGAAGCUACUGCCGAGGCAAAUAAUGUGAAUCAGCGUGAUAAGGCUUUGCUCAUGUACAAACGUGAGAUGGAGAAAAUUGCGGGGUCAAAGUGUCAAUACGUUCCAGUACAGGAGCUGGAAAGACACCACAAGAUAUGUUUGGAGGGUGCCAUGGCUGUGUUUGAUGACGGUGCACGUAUGGGCCGCCGCAGCGAGAUUGUGCGCUACCGCCAUGAAGUGGCAGAACAGAUUGAGAAGGAGCGUCACCGUUUCCUAGAGAUUAACGCUGAGCGUGACCCGUACAAAAACUUGGAGUUCUACCUGAUUCCCGGGUGUCUAGCGUUGGCGCUGCUCGUGUUUCGCAUCUCUCAGGACCUCUUCUGCUACGAGCACAUCGGCUACGAUAUUCCACUCUAUGACUGCAAGCAAGUGAGUCACACGCUAUCGCACCUGUAUUGGGCGCUGAUCGUAUUCAUGCUGUUGAUCAUGAUGUCCACUGGACAAGUAAUGUUCAAGCGCGUGAAGACAGUGAUUUCCAUUGUGAAAACCGCUAUGGACGCCUCCAAGGACGACGGCAAACGGAAGAAGGACUAG